CCGUCUCUCUCUCUGCUCAUUAUUCCACCCACCACCUACUUCUGCAGACCGCUGUCCUUCUUCUUCUUCUUCUUCUUCCUCUGUUAUGUUGAUGGGAUACCUCUCCUGCAGAGCUGAAUCUGCCAUUUCCACCUCCAAUUCCCAAACCCCAUCUUCCAGACCCACACCCGACAAGGCAGAAAAAGCCAUCAAGAUCCAGCACUUCGAAUACAGCGACCUCGAAGCCGCCACCAAUGGCUUCUCCGACCAGAAGCUCCUCGGAAAAGGCAGCCACGGCUGCGUGUACAAAGCCGUCCUCCGCAGCGGCCGCCUUGUUGCCGUCAAGAAGCCCUCUCGCGGUCGCGCCGCCGCUCUUCGCGACGCCUCUUCCGCCCCAGAAAUCGCCAGCGAAGUAGAGAACGAGAUCGACAUUUUGUCCAAACUCCACAGCCCCAGACUCGUCAAUUUGGUGGGUUUCACCAAUGGUUCCAAAGACCGGCUUUUGGUGGUGGAGUUCAUGAGCAACGGCACCCUUUACGAUGUUCUUCAUUCCAGUUCUCGACCGCCCAGUUGGGGACGAAGAAUCCGGUUGGCUCUGCAGACUGCAAAAGCCAUCGAAACCCUCCACUCGUUGACCCCACCGGUGAUUCACAGAGACAUCAAGUCUGCGAACGUGUUGAUCGACCGGAACUUCAAUGCUCGGUUGGGCGAUUUCGGGCUAGCACUCCGGUGCCACGUCGACGAUUUCCGGCUCCGGUCGACACCGCCGGCAGGUACAAUCGGGUACCUCGAUCCCUGUUAUGUGACCCCAGAUAAUUUGAGUACUAAAACUGAUGUGUUUAGUUUUGGGAUUCUUUUGUUGGAGAUCAUUAGUGGUAGGAAAGCAUUUGAUGUUGCUCAUUCGCCCCCUUCCAUUGUGGAUUGGGCUGUUCCCCUUAUAAGGAAAGGGAAGCUUUUAAGCAUAUACGAUCCAAGAAUAUUGCCUCUGAGAGAUCCUUCUCUAAGGAAGCAAUUAGCUGUAAUCGCCGCCAAGUGUGUGAGGUCUUGUAGAGAGCGAAGGCCUUCAAUGAAGGAGAUUGUUGAUUGUCUUACUGGCUUGAGUAAAAUGGUUCCUCCGCAUACAUGGAAUGGUUUUAGCAAUCCAUGCUUGAUGGUAGAGAAUGUUGGAUGCCCAGUUGAGUUCGGGAAUGCAAAUUUGAAUCUGAGGCAGAAGGGUCUUGAAGGAGGGAAUUUAGAUGCCGCAGAUGAUAAUUUUGAUAGGCCAUUGAGAAAUUCAAGAAGAGUUUACUCUGAUCUGGGUUUCAGGAGCAAUCUGAUGGAUCUCAUCGCUGGAACUGAUAGGAACUCUGAAUUUAUGGGAGAUGGUGAUGGGGUUGAGCCUGGAUCAAAAUUGGUGAAUCACAGUUCUAGUUUAAGAUUUGGAAAUAGAAGAUUUGUUAGGAGAGGAAGAACUCAGUCUUUGGCUUGUGGUGAUGAUAAGGACAAUGUAUUUCGCUGCGGGCAAAACCAAUCAGUUGGAGAAUGUUCAGAAUUGUUUUUGAGAAGAGAUGACAUGCGUUUAGAUUUUAGUGCUCAUGCAGCUGAUUGUGUGUGAUUUGUCUUGUUGGCUCGAUAAUGAAGCAAAGUUCAAGGCUGUAAGCUUCUCUUGCUUGCAAAUUUCAUUGUUGGAGAUUAGUUUGUGGUUCAUUUAUUUGUUGAUUUGUGUUCAUUACAACGUUAAUGUAUUGUUGAAUCUGUUAUAUAUUUAAAUCAAGGGCACAUAAAUGCUGUCCCUUUUAUAA